CCUUGAUCUACGUAUCGGGAUUGGGAAGAGAAAGAUUCUUCUCAAUACGGGAUUAACCAGCUGAUCGGAUUGAGAGAAGAGUCGCCGCUCUUUGCCUUCUUUAUUCUUUUUUUAUAGUUUUUAAAGCUUCGAUUCUAAUAGAAAAGCAUCAUGAAGACGAACUUCAUAUUGAUUUUGUUUGGUCUUGGAGUAUGUUUGGCCAAUCCUGUGGAGAAAAAGGAAAAGAUAAGCGUCAUCGAGCAGCAGUCUGUGAUGCUAACAGAUCGAGCUAAAUACGAGGAGGAACUUCUUCGUAAACUCAACUCAAAAUGCUCCCAGAAUGAUAUCAGCAGUUGUGUGAUGUUGAAGUUGGUGACGUACAUGAACAAGUUGCUGAAGAAGGCUUCGAUCGAGCUCACGGACGAUAUCGAGAUCAGGAAGACGAGUCAGACGUCGGAAGAUGUAAUCACGUUCGAGGCCGGUAGAAGCAAGGACGAUGAGAUUCAAGUCCUUGAUCUUGUCGCGAAUAAAGUUUACACCUUCAUUAAAUCGAGAAGUAUUAAAUGGAGAAUUCUACCUGAAGAUGAUAUUGUGGUAUCCGCAUCGGAAGAUGAGACCGGUUCGUUAAACUUAGGUCUGUCUAUUGAACGCGCCGACAGGCCCGUUCAAGAAGGUCGUGGAAAGAAGAACAAUAUGGGUCCAUUGAUCGCUGCGGCCGUCUUGAAGAUUGGUCUCAUCGGCGGUUUAGCGUUCAAGGCUCUUGCUCUCCUAGUCGGCAAAGCUCUCCUUUUGUCGAAGAUCGCGCUCCUAUUGGCUAGUAUCAUAGGCCUAAAGAAACUUUUCUCGCAAGGGAAACAUGUAACUUAUGAAGUGGUAGCGCAUCCACAUCACGGCUCGAGCCAUUCAUUCGAUCAUGGUCAUGGCGAUAGUUACUCCAGUGGGUGGGCGAGAAGUUUCCACGAACAAACGUUGAUUCCUGGACAACCAGAUGCUCAUGAGCUGGCUUAUGCGGCGCAUGUAAAGUGAUUCCUAUCAUUGAAAGCAGGAUCCAAAAAUCGUUGAGAUCGUCGUUUGAAAUGAGAAGAGCGAUGUCCUUGGAUCCGUACUAAACUUAUUCUUAAAUCACCGUCUAGAUCUAUUUCAUUUAGAAUAUUUAUUUCCAUCCAUAAUUACUCAUUUUACUUUGCUCUUUUUUUCAUUUUUCUUAUCAUCAACAUCGUG